UUUUUUUGCAGAUGGUGUGGCCUCUAGAGCUAAAAUGAAUCCACAACGGUCCCGCCGUUUUAGGGCUGCCGCUGAAGAUGCGGAAGCUAAAGAAAAGAGGUUAAGAGCUGAAUCGGCCCUGGGAGCCGUACUUGCUCCUAGACAGAAACUUGAAACAUAUGAUUCAAACGUUAUCACACCUGGAACUCAGUUUAUGUCUGAUUUAUCUGUGGCCCUUCAGUAUUUUAUACAAUGUAGAUUGAAUCAAGAUCCUAAAUGGAAGUAUAUAAAGGUGAUUCUUUCUGACUCAAACGUGCCUGGUGAAGGCGAACACAAGAUAAUGUCGUUUAUUCGGUUACAGCGUAACCUUCCCGAUUUUGAUCCGAACACUCGACACUGUCUUUAUGGAUUGGAUGCCGAUCUUAUUAUGUUGUUUUUAGCUACUCAUGAGGUCCACUUCUCGAUAUUGAGGGAGGUGAUCACAAUCCCUGUUCAGCAGGAGGAAUAUUUUCAAUGUGGCCAAGUAGGUCACCUGGCUGUUGAGUGUCCUGGUAGUAUGAAUGUCAGGGCUUUAAAUGAUGUUCCAAUUUAUAUGAAGAAAUAUCAGUUCCUCAAAAUUUGGUGUCUGCGUGAAUAUUUACAAUAUGAUUUGAAGAUUUCAAAUCCUCCUUUUGAGGUCAGCCGGGAAAGACUGGUUGAUGAUUUUGUAUUUAUUUCCUUUUUUGUGGGAAAUGAUUUUCUUCCAAGUCUGCCUACAUUAGAGAUUCGAGAGGGUGCCAUGAAUCUGCUAUUGCAAACCUAUAAAAAGGAGUUUGUUGCAAUGGGUGGCUAUCUUACUGACCGCGGGAAGGUCUUGCUAGACAGAGUUGAGUACUUUAUUCGGGCAGUUGCGAUUCAUGAAGACCAAAUCUUUCAAAAGCGUGCCCGUAUGGAGUCUGAGAACAACGAAGAAUAUCAACGUAAAGCAAGACAAGAGGUUCCUGUGGCGGACAAGAUUAGAUUGGGGGAACCCGGUUACAAGGAAAGGUAUUAUAUUGAGAAGUUAAAUUUGUUAGAUCCAAAGGAGGUUGAAAAAGUUAAAAGGCAUGAUGCGAUACUCUGCGUGCUAUGCUUGGUACAAGUAAUGAGUUACGUGAAAGGGUUAUGCUGGGUCUGGCAGUAUUCUUGUCGGGGUGUUUGCUCUUGGCAGUGGUAUUAUCCCUAUCAUUAUGCUCCAUUUGCAUCUGAUCUUAAAGAUUUUGCUGAUGUGGAACUAAACUUUUCUUUGGGAGAGCCAUUCAAGCCUUUUGAUCAGCUUAUGGGAACUCUGCCAGCGGCAAGUUCAAAUGCCCUGCCUGAUAAUUACAGAAAACUGAUGACUGAUCCUUCAUCACCCAUAAUCGACUUCUACCCUUCUGAGUUUGACAUUGACAUGAAUGGAAAGCUUCAUUCUUGGCAGGGUGUAGCCAAAUUGCCAUUUAUUGAUGAGGAGAGGUUACUCACUGAAACGAAAAAGCUUGAUGACACUUCAACAGCUGAAGAGCUAGUGAGAAAUAGUGUUUCCUUUGAUUUAUUGUACAUAUCUCGACUUAGUAGCUUGGCCUCACAAGUUGAUGCAUAUUAUAAUUAUUCAAAGCGUACCCCUCAAAGUGAAAGACUCCCCAGGGCAAUUAAAGCAAAAGCUAGUGAUGGUAUGAAUGGUUAUCUGUGGUUGUCUGAGAGAAAUGGUCAGAGUUCGGGUGAUAAGUCCCCUAUUAAUGGUUUGGAGGAUAUUGAGAAUAACAAUGCGCUGAACAUUGCUUUUCAGAAUCCAUUACCCCAUGAACAUAUCCCAGAACCUCCAGAAGGAGUAGUUAUGCCAAAGAUUUUGAAAUAUGUUAUCAAACCUCUGCCUAAAUUUUGGCAUGAAGACAAUAGUGGGCGUCGCUCUCAAGAAGAACUACAACUACCAGCAGAAGAGAUUCAGCCACCAACAGAAGAGGUUCAGCUGCCAGUUGAUGAAGAAGGUGACAAAGAGGAAUAUGAAGAGGAAGAUCUUUAUGUUUUCCAGAUUUAAGAUCUUUAAGUUUCAUUGAUUCAAAUUCAGAUUUAAGAUCUUAAUGUUUUUCGGAUCUAGCAGAUAUUGUUUCUAAUAUUAAUACUAGUUUUAGACACGUGUAGGAACACGGAAUCUUGAUAGACCUUCUAUAAGUUAAAGUUUUGCCUAAAGUUUUGCGGGUGUUAUGUAUUUCAUCUAAGUAUUGUAUGUGGUGGAUAAACAGACAGGUAUUGUAAUUAUGACUUUAUCUGUUGCAGGUAUUGUAAUUAUGACUCUAUCUGUUGCGUA